GGAAAGCCUCUUGCUGGCAGCCACACUCCCAGAGCCUCACAGGAGCCUCACUCUCACAGAAACCCCACACACACAGAGUCGGGCCUGGACACGGAGAUACACUUUGCUGCCAAAUCAUAAUCAGUGCACCUCUGAGUGAGGCCUCCGUUUGCCAAAUCUCUCUGUUUUAUUACACCGACAUGGAGCUCCACAGUCUACAUAAAACCUUCCACCAGAGCCACCUGGGCGAGGAGAAGCACCAGAUGCUGAACCUGAACCGACGCCUGGAGUCAUACCUGAGCCGGGUCAAACACCUGGAGGAGGAGAAUGCGUUGCUUGCAGAAGAGAUCCAAGCUCUGAGACACAGCAGUCAUGGAGCCUCGACACGGAGGAAGGGCCUAAAGGAAGAGCUGCGUCAGGCGAGACUGGAGGUGGACGCAGCCUGGAGGGACAGGGUCCUCACAGAGAUGGAGGUGUGCAAGGUGGCCGAGGAGCUCCAGGCCCUGGACCUGCUGAGGCAGAGGGAGGCUCAGGCCCAUAUGCAGGCCAAGAAGAAGAUAGAGCAGAGCAAGAAGGAGCUGGAGGAGGAGCAGAGGGCUCAGAUGUGGCUGAGGGAGAAGGUCGGUCAGCUGGAGAAUGAGAUGAGGCACCUAACUCAAACCCAUCAGGAGGACGUCGCCCACUUGGAGGCCACAUUGAACCAAUCCAGAGCCACAAUGCCACCUACAUGGGCUCAAAGGGGCAACCAGACACCAAACCUCCUACAGCUGGGACAGGAGUACUCCCAGGCGGCCAACAGGGCAUGGCAGGAGGCAGCAGAGGCCCAUCAGGGGCAGUUAGAUCGGCUGGAGGAGUCACUUAACCAGGCCAGGAGCCGUUUAACCCAACUGAAUCAGGAGAAGAGCGAGAGCCAGCUGAAGCUCCAAGCGCUGGAGAAGGAGAUCGCCUCAGCUCAUGACGUCAGGCGGCAUCUGGAGAAGACUGCAGCCCAACAAGGAGACAGAUACAGCCGGGAGAUCCAGCAGCUCCAGGAGCACUUAGAGGGCCUGGAGGCGGAGAAAGAGGAGCUGGGCCAGCAGAUCGACCACAUCACCCUGGAGAACCGAGGCCUGCUGCAGCAGAAGACAUCUCUGGGUCUGGAGGUGGCGACAUACAGAGCUUUGCUGGACGGUGAAGGCCACAGGGGAGACAUCUUUAUGUUAAAUCAGCCAAGAAACGUUUCCAUCACAGAUGCAGUUUUCAGUCCUCGGGGGGUUAAAAAGAAUUACCAGACCCAGCUGUUUGCUGGCCACAAGACCACUUCCCUCUCAUCUCAUCGUGGUGUGACAGCGAUUACUACAACACCAAGCUGGAGCAGAAAACCUGCCACCUUCACUGAAACUCCAAAGAUUUCCAAGAAACCUGCAUAUGAUGACACAAAGUCCACAACAUUGGAAACCCCUUAUCCCAAAAUACUGCAGGAUGGAGCUGUUGAGAAUUUCAGACCACAGGAGGUUCAGGAGAAAGUCACCUAUGCUGAGCCUCUAUCACCUCCCAACGAGCAGGAGGCUGAAGCAACAUCAGGGGACAAAGAAGGUGAAGAGGACAGGAGCAAUGCUGGUGCAGAACCUCCUGAGGAUAAACCAGUUGUUGAGUCAGUUGUCAGUUAUCAGGUCGAGUCUGGUCUCAACACUGAGCCACCCCUCUGUGAUGAAGUGGAUCAGCAUCAGUUUACCACGCCCAACCUCACACCAUACCAUGUUAGAAUGACAGAGGAGCAGUGUGGUGAUGAAUCCGAUAAGGAUGUGUCCUCUGAAAUACCUGCAGAAAAAGAUGAUAUGCAAGAGCUGCCAGCUCCAACUGAAGCAUGGAUAGAGAAAGAAGUCGAGCAUGUGCAAGAGGAAACCUCAGAUUCUGGAACAGACGCGGUUCUUGAACCAAACUUUGAUUCCAGGACAAGCAGUCCGGUGACUGAAUGUGAGGCUGAAGAAAGCUUGUUAAACAGAGUGACAGACUUCAGCCAAGAUGAAAACAUCAUUAAGGAGGAUGCAGCUGAGAUACAGCAAGAAAUAAGCCGUUCUGUUGUGGGAACAAGCGUGAUGGAUGUUGAGGAUAAGUUGUAUCCAGAUGGAGAGGAAAUGGACACAUGGGACAGUGUCAUAGAAAGGAAGGUUGAUGUGAAGACAGAUGGAGGGAUAAAAGAGGAUGAAGAAAAACGACAACACGCUGAACCAGAGGAAGACAUAUCACCAAGAGGACAAGAGCAUGACAAGAGAGAAACUAAGCAGGAUUUUGCCACAGAUGUACAGCAAGACAACAACAUGGCAUCUUCAACUAUGGACACUCCAGCAGAUGAUGGACAGCAUGAUGCGUUCGACCAAGAUCAUGCGCUGCUUCCUGACAACCAAGAAGAGGAUGACGAGGAUUCUCAAAAUGUCUCCAUGUCAUGGCGGACCGAGUUGGAGAGCGACAGCUACGCUCAGGAUAACACUCUUGCCGACACUCGUCCUCUGAUUCGAUACAAGAGUGAUGAGACUGACGCCAACACUCAGGCGUCACACAUGGACGAGAGCGAGUCUAGUGAAGGUGAACAGGAAAAGAAGAUCGGAGAGAUGGAAAUGUGGAGUGAAAGCAAGUCAAAGAGAUCUGGAACUAUGGAAGAUCUGUGUGAGGAAGUGGAAGGGGAAGCGUUGGAUGAGGAAUAUAAUCUAGGGUAUACUAACAUUGAGGACAGGGAUGUUGAUGAUGCUACGACUGUUCGUGAACAGGCUACGCUGUUGAAGGAUACAGAAAAGUCAGAAGAAAUGAUCAGAGAAGUCAGAGAGGGACAUUUGGAUGAAGAAACUCAAGAACUUUCCAAACUCACGGUACCUACAAAUGUGGCCUACGAUGAGGAGUUGGAGAUAGACCGACUUGUGGAACAGGAAUUAGAAAAUCUUGCUACAGACUACUACAGCGCUUUCUUUGCACAGCAGCAGCUCAGCAAGAGUGAGGAACAUCUACAGCACAAGUUUCUCAAGGAAAUGACAGAGCAAGAAGAGACUGGAACGUCUUCCUGUGCAGAGCCUGAAGUGAGAGUAAACCACCAACUUGCAUCUUCCACGACAAUUAUAGAUCAACCUCAUGAGAACCUACAUUUCAGUGAUCCGUCCAUGGUAUUGCCUCAGUCAGACACUGUGGCUGAUGAGGAGGUCCAGCAUGAGGUUCAAGAAGCUACAGAUGCUCCAGAGAAAAGAGAAGAAGAGGAUGACCACAACGUGUCCAUGGUGACACAUCCUGAUGUAAUAGAAGAUCACUCUGACUUUACUGACUUCAUCAGUAAGCUUGAUAUGGAAGAAAUCAACAACUCAGAGGAAGCAAACUCUGUGUUGCCGGUAACAGCAGAUCAGGGAAACCUGCAGGAUGUGGCUGCCCCCACUGAGGUGAAAGAGGCUGUACCUGUAGAAGCUUCCAAUGAAUCUCAAGAACGCCUGAUUGAGGAUGUUGUAGAGAGUCAAGAGGUUCCAGAAACAGCUGAAUGGGAAGUCCUGGAGAACCCAAGUGAUGACUUUGAAAUCGGGGAUCAGGGUAAAGAUCAUGAAAAAUGUGAUAGUGUUCCUCAAGCAGCUGAAAGUUGUCUCCACGAUGAGGGUGCUAUGACACAUAAAGAGGAGCCCCAUGAGAUUUCCCCCGACAGUCUACCUGAUGAAACAGAUAUCUUUGUGGUGAAAGACUCAACAGACCUACUGAACACAAACAGCAAAGACAACAGCCUCCAUGGUUUCAUUAGCUCUGGAUUAAAGAGUGAUUUCUGGGUGUCCUCCUUGGAGACCGGUGCCACCUAUCAACCAGAUGAUGUCUGCAAUGAAGCCGCUGAGCAAACCAAUCAGAAUCUCGGGUUUGCUGACAAUUUGGUUUGGGGGGAUUCAGAAAAUGUGGAUCACUGGAACUCCAGGGUGGAUAUUGAGUCAUCUAAAACCCUGACUGCCAAGAAAGAGCAGCAGCAGACGCAUUCGGAGGUGAAGCAGGUGUUGUGUAGAAAUGAAAAGGAGCUGGUCCAUUCUGAUGAGUCAGAAGCUGAGGGUGAAUCCUGGUCGUCAGGGGAAGAACCAAUAUGAGAAGUAGUGAAAACUUUUAUUAAAACGAGUUUUAGAUCUAAUCAGUGUUAGUCAGAGGAAAAUUACUUUUAACGCAUUCACUAUGAAAACCAAAGUCGUGCCUUGGUGCGCACCCCAGUGACGCUAACCAUCAAUGUGCCAAGUCUGUCUAGAAUAAUACAAAGCACUCACCUCAUUUCCUUCAGGUGAGACACCCCAGGUGAACAGGGUAAAAUUUUUAGAUGUCAUCAUGAAACUUCCCCAGAUGAUUACCUACAGCAGUGGCGUUCAGCCCCGAAUGUGUUUUAUUAGAAUCGUGGGAUCUAAAUAUAUAGGUUAUACAUAUAUUUCAAAAAUAAGAAUAGGCCUAAAAAUAAAACAGAAAGGCUCCGAUGUAAUAAUCUGCAAUUCCAUUCAUGCGUUAAAGCCUCUGAAAAUAAUGUCAUAAAUAAAAAAUGCAUGUUUGUGCCUCUGUGUCUUUACGCAGCAGAUUUAGUGCAGUUUAUUGGCAGUUUAAUCUAUAAUAACACAUCCUUAUUUUUUAGUUGAUUAUAUUUUGUAUCUCUAAUCUGAGUCUUCAAACUAACUAAAGCAGACAAAUAAAUGUAGUGGAGUAAAAAGUACAAUGUUUCCAUCUGAGAUGUGGUGGAGUGGAAGUAUAAAGUAGAAUAAAAUAAAAAUACCAGCCCAUUCUCAUUCCAAAGUCGUCAAACUUUUGCAGCAGUAUGAUUCACCACCAAGGGACGUCAGUUUGUAACACAGCCAGACAGAACCUUUUUAUGGUCUUAUGAUAUGCUGCUGGUUGGCUGGACGGCACCUGUCACGGCAGUAUGAUACACCCAUUGAUGGCCUCAGUUUGAAAUGCUGCUGGUAACAAACAUAAUAUAAGGACCUGGAAAGUCCCUAUAGGAUGGAUGGGUCCUACAAGCCUGGACUUUCACCCGGGAACCCCAUGUUCGCUCCCGUAUGAAUGUAGAGCCAAACCACGAAGUUCUUUUUUCUAAACCUAACCACGUGGAUUUGUUGAUGUUCCGACAUUGGUUGCAGCAUCCCAGAACAUCAACAGCAGACGCAGGAGGAUACCUAGCAUGUGAAAGUCCACUAGGACGUGAAAGUCCACUAACAAAGCAUUGAUAUGUGACGACAUGGGAUGAGAUCGUGUUGGAAAUACUCAACUACCUCAAAAUUCUCUCAAUUUUAAUGAUAGCAGUUGCAAAAUAUUGGGUUUGUACACAGUAUUAAUUAGUAACAACUGCUGAUGUUUUUAACAUCAUAAUUCUUAAUUAAUUUUGGAGGAAAAACUUAAAGGGUUAAUAAGAUGCCAAAUGCAUAAAAAAAAGCAUCAAAAUAGAGCUUGCUCGUCAAGAAAAUUUCAUGGGGGAGGAUCCUUCCAGACCCCCCUACAACGGACCAGACUAAGCCCCCGGUGCUCUCAAAUUAAUAAUUAAAAACAUCAUUUCCUGAACAAAAAUCCAAACAUUGGAUAAUCCUGGUUCUAAAUUUGUGUUUCAUUUUGUUGUCAUUUUAGAGUCAAAAGUUUUGACAGAGGGAAUUUUGGAUAGAUCUUUUUUUAUCACUCCAUAAACCAGAAAAUACUGUUAACAGUCAUUAAAAAAAGAAAAAGAAAAUUGCUAUGUUGUCAGGAAUAAACAAUUUCUAUAAAUCAGUCUGUGAAUGAUAUAUGAACAAACAUCUUUAAACCUUCAGAAUACAGACGUAAAACUGGGCAGUUUGGUGGAUUGAAAUACUUCUGAUGAGGAGAUUGUUUAGUCAAAAACAAAAAACAAACCUAAUUUUGAGGAAACAGCCUUUAAAAGAUACGAUUUGUAAAGUCCAAACAUUCUCAGACUAAAGAUAAGACGCUAGGGUAAAAUUUUUUACCAAGAUAUCACUAUGAAACUUCUGCAGUUGAUUACUUACAUUAACACAAUUAUUUUUUGUAUCAUAAAUUUUCUGCAAUUUUAUUGAAUUAAAUCUGCUUUUUGCAUAAAUGAAGUCUGAACUAAAAUAAACCUUAAUGUGUAUUUUCGAUUUUUUUCCUUCCAUUAGUCUGAAAGAUGACAUGUUAUGGAAGCAAAGUAGCCCAAUAUCUCAAAAUUGACCAGUGCAUAAAGUCUCUUCUCACCUGGGGUGUCUCGCCACCGACAUAUUUGACUAACAAUUUUAUCUUCCAUCCUAAUUGCUGAAGCUCUUUCGGUUUUUCAGUGUGCAUGUUAAGGAGAAGGUUUCUGCAUGAGGGAACAGCAUGAAGACAGAACAAAGAAUGUCAUUUGAAAGUCAAAGCGUUUAUUGAUUGCUGCCUAAUCUGAUUUUACUGACUGAUGGGAAUCGAUGAGAGCAGGAGGGUUGGAUUUCUGUUUCACAGAGCAUCAAACAAACCACUCGUGUUUCUGCUGGUGAGUUCUCUCAUUUCCCCGGACAACAGAUGACUCACCUCUGCAUGUUUAACAGGCGUAGAAUAAUUGGUUGGUUGUAAAAGGUUUAUGUAAAAGAUGACAUAGACCAGUUUGGAUAGUAAACUGUUACAUGUUUGUAUUCGGUUGGUCUGUAUUAAUCAGACAUUUCAUUUCCAUCUAUUUUGCUGCGGUACAUUUACAGUUCAAAAUAAACAGUAGAUUGAU